AUGUCUCCGGCUGUCUCCGGACAUUCUCGGGGAGAGGAGGCAGGUACUUCAGGGGCAUCUGAAAGAAAACCCCCAGAUAUCAUCAUCAUCAUCAUCAUCAUCAUCAUCAAGAAAGAGAAGGCAUCAGGCCAAAAGCUAGGACUGCAAGGUGAAACCAAAAAAGUGACGGUGAAUGUUUUGAAUGAUGAGAAAGCCUCGUUUGAAACUAUGCCAGUGGCAUUUGGACUUGAGAGUAGAGAUGGAGAAGUUGACGUUAGUAUAACUGCUUUCACAACAACCAAGGUUACAGGUGAUUUGCAGGUUGUUGACUGGAAGAAGUACGCUCAGUUUGUGAGUCAGGAAAAUGCCAAUAAACAUCAGGGUGAUCUUCCGUUAGCUGCAGAAACUGUGAAAAAAGCUACAUAUAUGGAUGAUAGCAUGGACUCUGUGGAGGAUGAGAAAACAGCCAUUGAGUUGUACAGACAGUUGAUCGAGCUUUGGAAUAGAGCUGGAAUGCGUCCUCGGAAGUGGCUUUCAAAUUCUCACGAGGUUCUCAGUCAGAUACCUGUUGAAGAACGACUAUCAGAAGUCAAGUUAGACAGUGGUUACUUACCCUCGACAAAGACACUCGGCCUCAUGUGGGCAGCUGAAAGAGACGUCUUUACAUUCACUUCCAACUUACCUGAAAUGAACAACACAAUCUCAAAAAGAAUCUUCCUUAGUCAAAUAGCAAAACUGUUUGAUCCUCUAGGAUUUCUUGCACCCUUCACUGUAAGGGCAAAGAUCAUCUUACAAGAAAUGUGGACAGUAGGGUUAGAUUGGGACGAGGAACUAGACAAUGAUCUGAAAGAGAAAGCAUAUCAGUGGCUUAUGGAACGGGAAGAUUUAAUACACAUUCAGGUUCCAAGAUGUUUGAGUUGUGGUAACAAGGUGAAAGAAACUAGACUACACAGCUUUGUAGAUGCAUCUGAAAAUGCCUAUGGUGCCAUUGUGUAUGCUGUGAAUACUUACCAGAAUAAUGAAAUCUCCAGUGUAAUCAUUGCUGCGAAAGGACGAGUAGCACCACUGAAAGCUAUUAGCAUUCCACGCAUGGAAUUAAUGGCUGCUGUGACUGGACUCAGAUUAGUUGUUGCAAUAGCAAAGGUUUUGGACGUGUUGAUUGACACGGUUACAUUUUGGACAGACAGUUCAAAUGCUUUGGGAUGGAUAAAGAACCAUAGCCGAACAUUCAAACCAUUUGUAGCAAAUAGAGUUAGUGAAGUUCAAGAACUGACAAAUCCGUGUCAGUGGCGGUAUGUGCCAACAGACCAAAAUCCAGCAGAUAUGUUGACUAGAGGAAUAGCUGCAUCAAAGUUGAUUGACAAUCAGAUGUGGUGGUCAGGACCCCUUUUCCUGGCUAGAGAUGAAAGUGAAUGGCCCAGAAAUCUGUCUGAAAGAGAAGACAGAAGGAAAUGUUUACCAGAAACUAAAACUCUGAAGGAAAACAAGAUAAUUACCAUGUUAGUGAACGACUCGUCCUGUGAAGAGUGGAGACUCAAAGCUACACGAUACUCAGAUUGGAGAAGACUGACAAGAAUCCAAGCAUGGGUAUACAGAUUCUUGAACAACUGUGUUGAAGGGAACCUUAAAAGGAUUCAUGGAGAACUGACUGCAGAAGAAAUUGAAACAGCACAGUUCAAGAUAAUAGCACAGAUGCAGAGAGAAGAAUUUCCAGAUGAAUAUUCCUGCCUUGAAAAGGGAAAACCGUUACCAUCUAAUAGCAAGCUAUUAGGACUACAGCCGAAGCUGGAUGAAGAUGGAGUGAUGAGAUCUGAUGGACGAUUGGCUUAUGCUGAGCACCUUUCUCAAGAUUCAAGGUUUCCGAUCAUCUUGCCGCGAAGAAACUGGAUCACAAGAUUGAUUGUGAAGUCUUACCAUGAGGAAGGACGUCAUAUUACAGGAACCAAUCAGACAUUAGCAGCACUUUCUGCAAGAUUUUGGAUCCUUUCUGGCAGAGAGGAAAUUAGAGCCUGGGAGCGACAAUGUUCACAAUGUCGUAAGCAGAAGGCGAAAGUAGCACACCAGAUCAUGGCUCCUCUUCCAAGCAUGAGACUCAAACCUUCUCUCCGUGCUUUCACACAAGCAGGACUCGACUUCGCUGGACCUUUUCUGACAGUACAGGGAAGAGGAAAAGCAAGAAUGAAGCGCUAUCUAUGCCUCUUCACGUGCCUUGCGUCGAGGGCUGUACAUCUGGAGAUCGCAUAUGGCCUGGACACGAAUUCCUUUCUCAAUGCAUUUUAUCGCAUGGCCAGUCGCAGAGGACUCCCUGAGGACAUCGUGUGUGACAAUGGAACAAACUUCGUUGGGGCUGAGAAAGAGCUCAAAGAACUCGUUGAAUGUCUGGACAGUGAUGCUGUGAAAGGAACAUUAGCAAAUCGUGGAACAAAAUGGAAGUUUAACCCUCCAUAUGCACCUCACUUCGGAGGUGCGUUUGAGACAAUGGUCAAAGCGGCCAAAAAAGCAAUCUUCGCUAUUCUGGGAAACAGUGAUGUAACAGAUGAAGAACUCAUGACAGCGUUCAUUGGAGCAGAAGCCUUGAUGAAUUCCCGCCCAUUGACCUAUCAGACAGCACAUCCACAGGAUGAUGUACCUCUGACGCCGAAUCACUUUCUUCACGGACAGGCAGGAGGCGCCUUUGCUCCGGAAUCGGUGGAUACAACGACCUUCAACCCAAGGAAACGAUGGAGAAGGAUACAGGAGCUUAUACGGCACUUCUGGAGCAGGUGGAUGAAGGAGUGGAUACCCAGUCUUAACAGAAGGAGGAAGUGGCUCACUCGUCGACAGGAUAUCAACGUGAAUGACAUCGUGCUGGUGAUAUCGCCUAACACACCACGUGGACACUGGCCUAUGGGACGAAUUAUCAAGACUCACCCUGGGAAGGAUGGUUUUACAAGAGUGGUGGACAUACAGACUGGAAAAACAGUUUUGACCAGGCCAGUGACGAAAGUGUGCAGUCUGGAAAUGGAUUCCAUCAACUGUUAG